CGGAUCGUGCCUUGGGGGAACUGCGCACAGAUCGUACGUUACUCUCGGUGGCCGGUGGCUUACAUACGGCGCUAGCAAUGGCAUAUAAAGACAAGGCGGUCGACAGGCCCCUUGCUCACCCCUUUUGAAAUAUGGUGAUAACGAGAUAUGCGAGACUCCACUUUCUUCUUCUUAGAUAUGUUACGGUCGGUGUUUGCCUGGGGUAUUCUGCUUUUACUUUUCAAAACGCAGCUGGCCCUGGCCCAAGAGGCAACGUGCAAUCAGUCGUUCACCGAUAGCUGGGUGUAUAAUUCUCUCAAUCAGAGUGCUUGUAGUAUAGCCUCGUCCCUUAUGGGUGCUUGUACUUCUUCAACCUACACUGUUGUACCAUUAGAAGUAGGACAAAUCUAUGAUGGCCCUUGGAAGGGGUCCAGCACUCCUUGUCUAUGCAGUUCUGUUUACUAUUCGCUGUUGAGUGCAUGCGCCUUCUGUCAGGAUCGCGGUUAUGCAAGCUGGUCGUCUUGGAGCACAAACUGCACUAGUGUUUAUGUCACCGUCUAUCCUGGCGAGAUUCCAGAAGAUACCGCAGUACCACACUGGGCUUAUCAGAAUGUUACGAUCUAUAAUGAUUUUAACGAGACACUGGCUGCAUCAGACACGGGCAGGUCCAUAAUGUUUUAUUCUAUGCAUUACUCACUCACCAUAGUUCUCGUUCUUAGACACGUCUGAAUCUACUGGGGCGGUACCAAGUGCCACCGCAACGAGCACUUCUUCUCCGACCAUCACGGCAUCUGAAAAAGUAAAGUCUGGUAUAAUCAUCGGAGCCGUCGUAGGAUGCGUGGUCCUUCUGGCGAUUGUUGGAUUGGUUAUAUGGUUGGUAACUAGACGGCGUCACAAACCAAAGCCAAGCCAAGGAACCCGUGGUAUCCUGGUAGAUCGUCGAGCAAUACCUCAGACUAC